UUGGUAGUUCCAAUAUGAAGUAAAUUUUCAAGAUGGUAUUGAUUGUGGAGGUGCAUACAUUAAACUCCUAGCAGACACUGAUGAUUUGAUUCUGGAAAACUUUCAUGAUAAAACACCUUAUACCAUUAUGUUUGGACCAGAUAAAUGUGGAGAAGAUUAUAAACUUCAUUUUAUCUUCAGAUAUAGACAUCCCAAAACUGGAGUUUUUGAAGAGAAGCAUGCCAAACCUCCAAAUGUAGAUCUUAAAAAGUUCUUUACAGACAGGAAGACUCAUCUUUAUACUCUUGUAAUGAAUCCAGAUGACACAUUUGAAAUAUUAAUUGAUCAAAUACUUAUAAACAAAGGAAAUCUUUUAGAAGAUGUAGUUCCUCCUGUCAAUCCUCCCAAAGAAAUUGAUGAUCCUAAUGAUAUAAAACCUGAUGAAUGGGAUGAAAGACUAAAGAUCCCUGAUCCUGCUGCCAUCAAACCAGAAGACUGGGAUGAAGAUGAACCUGCCCAAAUAGAAGACACAAGUGCUGUCAAACCCCAAGGCUGGCUCGAUAAUGAACCAAAAUUUAUUCCAAAUCCUGAUGCUAAAAAACCUGAUGACUGGAAUGAAGAUAUGGAUGGAGAAUGGGAGGCACCUCAUAUCCUUAAUCCAGCAUGUCGGAUCGGGUGUGGUGAGUGGAAACCUCCUAUGAUAGAUAACCCAAAAUACAAAGGAGUGUGGAGACCACCAAUGAUCGAUAAUCCCAACUACCAGGGAAUCUGGAGUCCUCAAAAAAUUCCUAAUCCAGAUUAUUUUGAAGAUGAUCAUCCAUUUCUUCUCACGUCCUUCUCUGCUCUUGGUUUAGAGCUUUGGUCUAUGACCUCUGACAUCUACUUUGAUAAUUUUAUUAUCUGUUCAGACAAAGAAGUAGCAGAUCACUGGGCUGAAGAAAGCUGGAGAUUGAAAGUACUGAUUGCCAAUGCUAAUGAGCCUGGCAUAUUUAGUCAGCUAAUGGCAGCUGCUGAAGAGCACUGGUGGCUUUGGCUCAUUUUCCUUGUCAUAGCAGGCCUUCCGGUAAUACUAAUUACUUCAUUUUAUUGGCCAAGAAAAGUAAAGAAAAAAUAUGAAGACACAGAAGAUAAAAAAAAAGCCGUGUGUAAUCCACAAACAAAGGGAGCUCUAGAGCAAGAAGUGAAGGAAGAAAAAGCAGCCCUGGAGAAGCCUGUGGACAUGGAGGUGGAAAACAAAGAAAGCGACGCUGAAAUUCUUGAAAAAGAAGAGGAAAGUGAACCUGAGCAAAAGAGUGAAGAAGUUGAAGUCAUAGAAGGGCAAGAAGAGGAGAAUAAAUCAAAUAAGUCUGGAUCAGAAGAUGAGAUGAAAGAAGCAGAUGAAAACACAGGAUCUGGAGAUGGACCAAUAAAGUCACUGCGCAAAAGAAGAGUACGGAAGGACUGAGCUGCAUUCAAGUUUUCAGUUCAUGAGAGACUUGCUUGGCAUUUUUGAGUCCCUGUGCCAGAACUUACCUGGAAUCAAUCUAUACAUCCUAUUUAUAAAUAUCUAGCGAUGUUAUUCUUUCAGAUAGUCUUUCUUUUCAGGGGAAAAAAAUAACUGAAGUUACAUCAUCUUUGAAUUUGGAAUUUUAUAAAAAGUGGCAAGUUACAUAUCUGAUUUAUGAGACUGAUAUUAUAAGACAUUACAAUUAUAAUAGUUUGAAGACAGUUUAGGUUUAUACCAAGCAAAACGGUAUGUAGCAAUCUUACUGCUGUUCGAAAGGUCAGUUAUUGGAAUUUCCACUUAAAUGACUAUAACAAGAUAAGUGAUAGUUUUAUAAUAAAAAUGAGUGUGUUCUGUUGCACAGAACUAAAUACAAUAAACUUUCUUAUGGUUGUUUGAUUAUAUCAGCAAUUGAGAGUACUGUAUUUGACUCAGUUUAUGUCAAAUUAUACCGUCAGUUGUUCAUAUAUAGAUUCUAUUGAACAGGUGAUUUGGUGACCAAACAUUAGUAAAACAUCUGUCAUUCACAGAAUGUAAUGUUGUGUA